CUCACACUGCAAUCACAGCGCGAUGGCUGCUUUCCACAUCGCCCUGCAAGAAGAAAUGAUCUCUGCCCCAGCAGUGCUGCCCAGGUUAUCCGCUGGCACAGGGAGGGGAGCCUGCAGGAAUCUGUUCGGUCCCAUCGAUCACGAUGAGAUGAGAUCGGAGCUGAAGAGGCAACUGAAGGAAAUCCAAGCGUCCGACUGUCAGAGGUGGAACUUUGACUUUGAAACUGGCACCCCUCUAAAGGGCAUCUUCUGUUGGGAACCCGUGGAGAGUAAAGAUAUGCCCAGUUUCUACAGCCAGAACAGAAGUAUAGCUGCCAACACAACGCCAUCCCCCAGGCAGCAGCAGCCCUUGUUAGUUAGCAGACAGCCCGAGCCCAGGGAAGAGGCACCCGUGGAUACCGUGCGUAAUGUGCCAAACCCUCCGUGCGCAAAGGAGAACGCAGAGAAGACCGUCAAGCGGUGCCAGGGAGUUAGAGGUCCAGCCAAGGCAUCAGCUAACACAUCUACACAGCGUAGAAAGAGGGAAAUCACCACUCCUAUCACCGAUUAUUUCCCUAAAAGAAAAAAGAUACUGAGUGCCAAGCCUGAUGCCACUAAGGGAGCCCACCUACUGUGCCCACUGGAACAGACCCCCAGGAAAAAGAUUCGAUGAAACCAUGGCACCAAUCGAAUCUAGAAGAAAAUUACACUUAAGGAAAAAAAAAACACCAUCCCUCUUCUCCAUGUCCCUCUCCCAGAGUUAAGGAGUGAAGGAAGAGUCAAGACUUAAAACCCACUACUGGAGUUUUACUGAGAUCCGUGACCUCUCCAAGGACUGCGGAAUCCGUGGGGUUAUUCGGUUCUACUUGGGAUCUGGAGAUUGUGCCAACAAGGGACUCUCGUGUGCUUCCCCCUGUGGUUGCAAACCAUCCAACUGCUGCUGCACGAGAUGCACAAUCUGUAACGUUUGGAUGUCCAACUAUUCUCCAUACAACCAGAUGCUUUAUAUAUAUAUCUCAAUAUAUAUAUAUAUAUAUGAGGGGGCUGAAUGAGUUGGCAGGGUGGCGCCCCCUCUGGGUUUUUUAGUGCUGUGAAUGUUAACCGUGAAACAGCUUGAAUCUAUUGCUCAGGGAUGAACUACCUAUGGCUCUCCAGAUGUCGUUGAAUUACAGCUCCCAACGGAGUCGUAGCUCAGCAGCACUCGGGGAGAACCUUAGGCUGAGCACCCCUGCUGUAGCUUGUACAAACCAGCAGACCUGUACAAAAAAAAAAAACAAUAUUUGUAGCAUUUCAGUUUGUAUAAUCACGAUUUGCACUGUUUUGUUUGUUUGUUUGUUUGUUUCUUUUAAAAAUGCAACUGUUAAUAUACCACACUAAUGUACAGCAAACAUGUAACAUAAGAGCGUAAAAAAGAAUUACUAAGUUAUAUAUUUAUAUAACAUAUUGGAACGACUCCAAUGUUCAGCCAUAAUACUGGCUACGAAAAAAAAAUAUGUUUUUUUAUAGAUGCUAUAUAUACGUUUAUGUCUCCCUUGGAGAGUAAAAAAACAAACUAAAAAAAAA